GCGGUCAUGCUGCAGCUCCCCCUGGUGGUGACAGCUCGGCUGGACCUGUGCUGUUGCUGGUCUCUGUGCUGGCCUUCUGGACCAGACUCGGUCGUCUCGGGUACCCGGAUGCUGUGGUGUUUGACGAGGUGUAUUACGGACAGUUUGUGUCUCUCUACAUGAAGGGAGUCUUCUUCAUGGAUGACAGUGGACCUCCCCUUGGACACAUGAUCCUGGCCCUUGGAGCCUACCUCGGAGGAUUCGAUGGGAACUUUGUGUGGAACAGAAUUGGAGGAGAGUAUCCCAGCAGUGUGUGUGUGUGGAGUCUGCGCCUGCUGCCAGCGCUCUGUGGCGCCCUCUGUGUCCCUCUGGGCUACCUGCUGACCCUGGAACUUGGCUUCAGUCACCUGACUGCUCUGGGAACUGCUGUGCUGCUGCUGCUAGAGAAUUGUCUCAUCGUCCAGUCCCGCUUCAUGUUGCUGGAGUCUGUGCUCGUCUUCUUUGUGCUCUUGGCUUUCUUCUCAUAUCUGCACUUCCACAACGCUCCACACAGCUCCUGGUUCAGGUUCUUCUGGCUCCUCCUUGCUGGGGCCUCCUGUGCUGCAGCUGUUGGGGUGAAGUACAUGGGUGUGUUCUCCUACCUGCUGCUGCUGGGCGUGGCCUCUGUGCACACCUGGAAUGUGAUUGGAGACCAAGCUGUCAGUCAUUUGUAUGUGUGUAUGCACUGUGUGUGUUGUGUUGUGUGUCUUUUGUUGGUUCCACUUCUGCUCUACAUGUUCUGGUUCUACGUUCACCUGAGUCUCCUGCAGCACAGUGGACCACAUGACCAGCUGAUGAGCCCCGCCUUCCAGGCCAGCCUGAAGGGUGGCCUUUCCAGGAUCACUCAGGGUCAACCUCUGGAGGUCGCUUAUGGGAGUCAGGUGACCUUACGAAGCUCCGCCUCUCAGUCCAUCCCAUGCUGGCUCCACUCCCACAAAGCCAACUACCCUAUCAGGUAUGAAAGUGGGCGGGGCAGCUCCCAUCAGCAGCAGGUCACAUGUUAUCCAUUCAAAGAUGUCAAUAACUGGUGGAUAAUCAAAGAUCCUUCCAGGCAGGAGCUGGUGAUUGGCAGUCCUCCUCGACCCAUCCGCCACGGUGAUGUCGUCCAGCUGGUUCAUGGGAUGACCUCGCGCUUUCUCAACAGGUGACAGCAACGCAUUUUACUGCAGA